AUGACACAUAGGUGUGUAUAUAAGCGCACCUCAGCGCCACUCCGAAUCACAUCGCAAGAUAAUCACACGCCGCGCACAAGUGCCCCGGACUGCACACGCUCAAUUUCCUCCUCACCGAUCAUUAUUGUCGACAUGUGCUUCAAGGUGUUGGUCGCGCUCGCGUGCCUCGUGGCCGCGCUCUCGCUCGUGCCCAGUGCUUCGGCGAUCCCCAGUGGUCUGCUCUCCGAGCUGGUCGAUCAGUCCAUCUGCGAAUCUGUGGUGGACUACGACGAGGAUCCCGACAGAAUUCCGCGUAUUAUCAAACAAGUGAAGUGCGCCCCUAAACCCGACAAGAUGUGCCCUGUCCACGACGGCAAGGGCGGCCAGGCGUCUUGCUGCGAGCAAAAUUCGUAUCUAAACUUCAGGUUCUCGUGCAAGGAGGUGAUCGACACGGUGCUGGUGAGCGACGCUAAAGGUGACACGAGUCCGAUGCUCGUGUCUGUUGGAUGCGCCUGCGCCAUGGCGAAAUCUACGGCCGCCAUCGAAAUUGAUAAUAGAUAA